UUCGAAUGCUGAGGUAGAAGAGGAAUAAGAAUCGCUGACGUCGACUUGCAAUGCCUGUCACCAAACUAUUCUGUUUCAUUGCACCGUGCAUCUUCAUUACACUACAGUUCAGUGAUAACCUGAAGUCAGUGUUUCAGCAACUUGGCAUUCUCAUCGUAGCCACGGUGGGUGCUUGGAUUUGCGCGCUCUACAUAAAGCAGGAAACUAGCAAAUUGAGUAAAGUGUCACCCGAUCGGCGGGCCGUACUUGUCGCAGGAUGCGACAGUGAGUCAGGUUACAUUGCGACCUCAGAGCUCGCAAAGUACGGGUACAUGGUCUUUGGAGGAGCCAGAAUUAUUUCAACGGACCUCUGCGAUAACUUACGAAGACGUUCCGUGGACGUCAUGGAGCUCAAUGUUGACACAGACGAAGCCGUCGGAAAGCUGGUCGGGGACAUUUCACAUAAACUCUCUCAGAGAGAUGUGAAGCUCCAUGCUGUCGUCUGCAACCUGGCCGACGCGGUCCUCGGGGAAACGGAGUGGGUGGCUUCGACUAGCGUAAGCUCUGCCAUGGAAUUAAGUGUUGUGGGAACCAUGCGUCUCAUCAGAGCCUUCUUACCCUUGCUGCGGGAUUCCAAUGGGAGGAUCGUCAUCUGUUCAGGACUUUCUGGUAGAGUUGGUGUUCCCGGAGCCGUCCUUUAUAGUGUCGUCAAUGCAGCACUCAUUUGUCUGGCCGACUGUCUGCGCCGCGAAAUGAUCAAGUUUCGAGUUCAGGUGACUGUCGUCGAACCGCUCUGGUUGAACUAUAGAACUCCCGUGCCUUUGCUGGACAACCUGAAGUCGAAGCUAAACGAGGUCAUCAACAACCUCAGCUUCCAAGUCUAUGAUCAAUACAGGGAAUACAUUCAUCACUUUAAAGACCUCUGGAACCGUCGCAUCCUCAGGUGGUAUUCUGGACCAGCCGACAGAAUCUCAGUCGCCCUUUGUGACGCCGUCAACGACACCGAUGUCGAAUCGCGUUACGUCACUGCGUUGCCAUUGGAGCGGUGUACAUUUCUUCUGCUUGAACAUCUCCCGCCUGCAGUAGCAGACAUUGUGUUAUGCUUCCUGUACCAGCCUCACGUUCAGAUUCCCGGAUUGGACGACUCGGAUCAAAACGGAGCUGGCGUGACGUCUCCGCUCAUACGCACGCCUAGUCGCAUACAAAUGCUAGUGAGUCAAUUGAUUUCUCCGGCAGCAGGGCAAGAUCAAGAUACCCCAAUAUCUACUCCAGCCGUUGAGGCACAAAUCAUGAGGGAACGUGCUCUCGGUGCAAGAUAUCACAUUCCAGAACGAUAUGACCUCGAAGGGGGGUCAGCUUCUUCGAGUCCCUGGGUGUCGAUGCAGAGUGAAGAGUGGAAACCAUGCAGAAUAUCAGGCAGCGCCAGUGCGUUGACGUCGCCAACACCACCACCUCUUAAGCUAUCAGAACCUGAGAUUUCUUCACCACUGUCUCUCAUGAGAGCAUCAGAUCAAAAGACGCUGAAAAAAGAUUUCAAACUUCAUCCUGCGUUACGAAGCUCCAUGCGUGCUUCCCGUAACUCUUUAUCUCCUAAGCCGGCUCCUUCUGACACGGAACCUGAAUUACCGUUUCAAAGAUCAACGGCACAAGCCGAAGAGAAGUCACAAUUUGAAUCUCCGAAGGCGCAACCUGAGUUAUCCUCAUGGCCUUCGAAGGACGUGCGUGUUAAGUCGCUUGAAUCACACAAGCCACACGCGACAGCACCUUUGGAAUACAAACGGCGCGAGUCAUACGCAUUCGAAGCGUCUCCAGACAGUACGAAUGUGUCUUCCCCAGAUGAUGGGUGCAUCUCACCGAUGAAACAGCUGGUGCCCUGCGCUGAUACAAUCAGCGGUCAGAAUAUCAUUGUCGAGGCGAAUGCCGAAGGACGUGCGUCGUCUGUCAGUCCUCUGCGUUCUGAUCCUCCUCGUCCCAAAGAAGUGCUUAAGGCUGCGAAAGAAGAUAAUUUUUCAAAACACAAUCCACAUUUGGAAGAACCGUCCCAGAGAGUCCCCAUAUCACCGGAGGAUGAUCAGCCAAGCAGCCCAGUGAAGAGAACAAGUUUGUUGUCGAAUAACACUGUAGCAGACGCGCUGUCUGAACAGGGGAACUCAAAGAAAGACCCGGGCAACCCUGCUGUUGUGGAUGACACCCAGCAAUAUGUUGACAUGUUCGGACUGUGACGAUUGAAGUCCCUUCAACAGUGCAAAGAACGAAAGUACUUCUAGGAGAGGGCGAUGUAGUUGCAGUAGGGGGGGGGGGGGAGGUCAGGCAGGAAGAAUAUGUGGCAGGUAGCCGAAUAGUACCAAUAAUUGUUUUCAUGUAAGCGAGUGUAACGUCGAAAUUAUGACACGAAGCAAAAAGCAAGUUCUCACUCGCAAAAGCAAGUUCUCGCUCAUGGGGGUGAGUAGUGUUGGAAAUGACGAUUGGUAAUGUUUUUGAAUGAGUGUGAAAAGGUUACAUUAUGCUUUCUACAAACAACUGUACGUGCAGUUAAUUGUGACCAAGUGGCAAGAAAGACUAAUAAUA